UUCAGUUGGAGUGCUUGGCUGAACUGACUUUCUUUUUUCUUAGCUUAAAUGGAAAGGCAGGACGCUAGUGCCAUCCAUUCCAGCACCAUCUCGAGGUCAGUGGCAUUUCUGCGUUUAAAACUGAUCAACUUUCAUCAUCACUUGGAAACACUAUUCAGUUUGCCUGCAUGUUUCAGCACAGGUGUGUCUCUGUUGAGAGAAACUAACGAGGACUUCUUAAUCACACGGUUAAUACACAAAAUUGAAGAUCUACACAUACCUACUGGAUCAAGUGUACCAAAGAAAUCUUUAUCAGCCAGGAGUUCCAUUGUCCAUUUGGCACAGGAGCCAACCAUCUGCUGCAGCUCGCCGGAAUCAGCCCGAGUACUGAGACAUCAUCACAACAACCAGUUAAGGAUGCUGACCCAAAGAUGGAAGAGGCUUGGUCUCCAAUAUCCUGCUAGUAGAAAUAGGGAUGACCACACAUUCGGACACAGCCAAGAGAAAAGCCAGGAUGAAGUUAAGACUGACUGUCCACUGAAAAUCACUGCCAUACAGACUAGCCACACUGAAGCUCUGAGAGCCAGAAAACAAGGAAUUGAGGAAAGAAUGAAAGGCUCACUCCACUCAAGUUCAGAUGUUUCUAAUGUUGGAAUCCCAGAGGUGAAAGUUUGUGACAUGGACAUACAAAGUAAAACAGCAGUAUCAUUAAACUCUGAUGACAGUGAUAUUUCAGAUCAGGAGAAAGAAAGUGUUCAGGUUUCAAAGUGGGCUGUGCCUGUGGAGCUAGACCUGAGGCCUGAGGCGUUUGACAAGGAGCUGGAUCUUCCUUGUUCCACAGAGAUAGAAGUUUACGCAGAGGUUCUUCCUGCUCCUCUAAAAGAUUUGGAUUUUACUCAGGGUCUUUCCUCCACAGAAUACUCUGAGGGUCUGCAGAGGCUGUUUACGAGUGACCCUUGCUUUGCUCCCAUGGUCGCACGUCUGUUAGAGCUAGAAAGGCUUCAGGCUGCCACUGUGCAGAAAGAGCGAGCGAAACCGGUGCGAUCCCGCCCAACUACUGCUAGUACUCCGACACGAAAUGCCACUCGUUUGAGAAAUGGUGAUCCUGCAGGAUCCAAUUCUUAA